AUGGUCUUGAUUCCUAACUCGUCUCGUGUGGCAUUGCAAGCUGCCAAACACUUCACUUCGAUUAGAGGUCUGGCCACUGCUGCCCCAGUGGCUGGUAAGGUCAGAGCUGUCAUUGGUGCUAUUGUGGAUGUUCAAUUCGAGCAAGAGAACUUGCCAGCUAUUCUAAAUGCUUUGGAGAUCGAAAGACCAAAUGGUAAGUUGGUCUUGGAAGUCGCCCAACACUUGGGUGAAAACACUGUAAGAACCAUUGCCAUGGACGGUACCGAAGGUUUGGUCCGUGGUGACAAAGUUUUGGAUACUGGUGCUCCAAUUUCCGUUCCAGUGGGUCCUGAGACUUUGGGUAGAAUCAUCAACGUUAUUGGUGAGCCAAUCGAUGAGAGAGGUCCUAUUAAGGCAAAGGAGAGAAGACCAAUCCACGCUGAACCUCCAGAGUUCGUGGAGCAAUCUACUGCUGCCGAAGUCUUGGAGACUGGUAUCAAGGUUGUUGACUUGUUGGCCCCUUAUGCCAGAGGUGGUAAGAUUGGUUUGUUCGGUGGUGCCGGUGUCGGCAAGACCGUUUUCAUCCAAGAGUUGAUUAACAACAUCGCUAAGGCUCAUGGUGGUUUCUCUGUGUUCACUGGUGUUGGUGAGAGAACCAGAGAAGGUAACGAUUUGUACCGUGAAAUGAGAGAGACCGGUGUCAUCAACUUGGAAGGUGAGUCCAAGGUGGCUCUAGUGUUCGGUCAAAUGAACGAACCACCAGGAGCUAGAGCUAGAGUUGCCUUGACGGGUUUGACCAUCGCUGAAUAUUUCAGAGAUGCUGAAGGUCAGGAUGUGUUGCUUUUCAUCGACAACAUUUUCAGAUUCACCCAAGCUGGUUCGGAAGUGUCCGCCUUGUUGGGUCGUAUCCCAUCUGCCGUCGGUUAUCAACCAACUUUGGCCACCGAUAUGGGUUUGCUGCAAGAGAGAAUUACCACCACCAAGAAGGGUUCUGUCACUUCCGUGCAAGCCGUCUACGUGCCUGCAGAUGAUUUAACAGAUCCUGCUCCAGCUACCACUUUUGCGCACUUGGAUGCCACCACUGUGUUGUCCAGAGGUAUUUCUGAAUUGGGUAUCUACCCAGCAGUCGACCCAUUGGAUUCCAAAUCCAGAUUGCUAGAUGCUGCUGUCGUCGGUCAAGAACAUUAUGACGUUGCUACCAAGGUUCAGGAAACUCUACAAGCUUACAAGUCCUUGCAAGAUAUCAUCGCCAUUUUGGGUAUGGAUGAAUUGUCUGAGCAAGAUAAGUUGACUGUCGAGAGAGCAAGAAAGAUCCAAAGAUUCUUGUCUCAACCAUUUGCAGUCGCCGAAGUUUUCACCGGUAUUGAAGGUAAGUUGGUUAGAUUGAAGGACACCGUCGCCUCUUUCAAGGCCGUUCUUGAAGGUAAGUACGAUCACCUACCAGAGAACGCCUUCUACAUGGUUGGUGGUAUUGAAGAUGUCGUCGCUAAGGCUGAAAAGAUGGCUGCUUCCGCUUAA